AUGAAGCGGUCUGCUUCCGCACUUGAAGGUCCUCCCGGUUGGGAUGUUGCUCCCCCUAUGAUGACUCCCAAUUGCUCUGCAUUCCGCUUGCCUUAUGCCCACUACGCCAUGAUCUAUCUCGACCACGAGGGCAAGCUCAAGGUCGAUGAAUCUUCUUCUAUCCAGGAGCAGAACUCGACCGUCUUUACCCCUGACGUUCGCCAAAACUUCCUCGAGAUUCUCGGUGAGAGAAUUGGUUUCCACCAACCCAUCACUCGCCGCACUUUGGACGCCUCGCCACGCCGUGUGCGCCGCCGUCAGGGCCCCGCUCCCUCCCUUGCUGAUGACCGUCUGGUUGAUCAAGUCUCCGACAGUGAUGACUAUCCCCAAACUGCAUCCAACGACAUGGUCCCCCUCCGCGUGGGAGAGACUCAAAAAGUUACCAGCUAUUACGAGAGUGCUUUGAAGCACUUCCAGCAGCUCAACUGUCGCAUGGUCGCCAAAGCCUUUAUCAAGUUUAUUGAGCCCCGUAAGCAGGUUCGUCACCCUUACAACGGAGGCAAGCCCCCGCCGGGAUCUGCCCCUGGCACCACUGGCGACCCCGAGAAGACCAAGCCCGAGUGGUGGCCCCCUGGUGUUAUGCACAAGGAGCCCGACCACCUGCGCAAAGAGUAUCGCAUUGAACUCCUGCUUCACAUCAUUCGAAAACUUGGAAGCCAUGGCAUUACAGCCGACAAGCUCAAGGAGGUCGCUGGCGACACUAAGCGGAGCUUGAAGCACCCUUCCCACGUCGAUAUCAUCUUUGAGAUCCUGCGGGUGCGAAAGAUGGAGGAGCGCUAUGAGCGCGGUGAAGUUGAUGCCAACAUGGUAGUCUAUGUCCAGAAUCGAGGCCCCAGCCCCAAGGGCGAAGACGAAGACGAGGAUGCCAACGAACUUCCCACAAUCAGUGUCCCCGAGCACAUCGAGGACGGUCUUUUGACCCCGACCUCGUCCGUCGGGCAAGUCAAUGCCCCUAUCACAACACCCAUCGACACAAUGCCUCUUUCCCACGGCCGCUCUAUGCCAGGCAGUUUCUCAAUGGGCGAGCCCCUGAGCUUCGAAGCCCCUCGCCACGACCGUCCAUACUACACAACCCCGCCGCAGUACUCAGACUCAUUCUCGCAACCCAUGCUCAGCACACCCGUCAGCGCCGAGAUGAUCAGCCCACAUGAAGUCUCCGUCUUUGACUACUCGACGCAAAACCCGUACCCGACUUCAUCACCCGACCAGCAUCGCACAGUACCGGGCCAGUACGACGCCUGGACACCCACAUUCCGCCAAAACAUCUUCAGCCCAGUGGACUACAGCGCACCACCAACCAGCCAGGGCUUGCCUCCACCCGCAAUGCCCUACCACAUGCCCAUGGCAUCACCAGCCCAGAUGCACGACAUGCACCACGUUCAGUCACCCAUGGACAUGAGCCAGCGUGCCCUUCCUUUCCGCACAGGCUCUUUAGGCCACCCCCACGGCCUGCCUCUCACGCACCAGGCCUAA